AGCAAGAUGGCCGCCGCUGAGGAAGGCUGUGGUGUUGGGGCCGACGCGGACCGGGAAUUGGAGGAGCUUCUGGAAAGUGCUCUUGAUGAUUUUGAUAAAGCCAAACCUCCAGUGCUCCCACCUACCACCACGACCCCUGAUGCUUCAGGGCCCCAGAAGAAGUCUCCAGGCGACACUGCCAAAGAUGCCCUCUUCGCCUCCCAAGAGAAGUUUUUCCAGGAAUUAUUCGACAGUGAGCUGGCUUCCCAAGCCACUGCAGAGUUCGAGAAGGCAAUGAAGGAGUUGGCUGAGGAAGAGCCCCACCUGGUGGAGCAGUUCCAAAAACUCUCAGAGGCUGCCGGGAGAGUGGGUGAGGAAGGGACCCCAGACAAAUAG